CCCUGCUCCGAACUGAAUGCGAACGAACACAUCGCAGUCCAGUUCAUCGCAGUCUCGUCUCGCAGUCAAGCAAAAGUAGGUAGUGCUACAGAAUGGGCAUGGUUAAAUGUUUGUGAUUUCUUUUCAUACAUAAUACAAAUUAAAUAAAGUAAUUUAAGUGUGAAAACUUAAUUUUGUGUUCAACCAAUAUGAGCUUAUGGUAGAGACCCACUUAUUCGUUCACAUACAGUUAUUCGCGUAACACGUAUUUUGUGCAUAGAGUUCAAGCAUUGAAUUAGGCCACAUAGCGAUCUCUCCCUAAAUUACCGCUGUUCAGCCUGUCGACGUAUCAAGACAGACUAUCAAACGCGCGAGGAGGGAGAGUGAUGAUCAGAAAGGCCGCGACCUGGUAAUGUGAUGUCAUCAAAAGGGGAAACAGAGGCCGAUUCAGGCACGGUGUCGCCGAACUUAACAACAGUUAAAAAUGAACCGGCAGCGACUGCAAGUAAAGAUACAUCAAGGAAGGCAAAUAGUACAUUAUUAAAAUGUACAACAUGCAACAGUUUCAGUACACUAAGCAGUAGAGCAUUAACUACACAUAUGGCCCAGUGUUCUCCAGAUAACAACAAUGUGGCAGUGGCACAAAAUACGGAUGCGCGACCGCACCGAAAACUUUUUGAAUGUGAUGUGUGCAAUAUGAAGUUUUCAAAUGGCGCCAACAUGCGCAGGCAUAAAAUGCGACACACUGGUGUCAAGCCAUAUGAGUGUCGCGUUUGCCAAAAAAGAUUCUUCAGGAAAGAUCAUUUAGCUGAACACUUUACAACUCACACAAAAAGCUUGCCAUAUCAUUGCCCAAUAUGUAAUCGAGGUUUCCAGCGACAAAUUGCUAUGCGUGCACAUUUUCAAAAUGAACAUGUCGGUCAGCAUGACCUUGUUAAGACUUGCCCACUCUGUAGCUACCGUGCUCCUACUAUGAAGAGCUUGAGAGGUCAUUUCUUCAACAGGCAUGGCAUUGAUUUAGAUAAUCCUGGUCCAGGGAAUAAUUCUGUGUCACUCUUGGCUGCUGGUAUUGCAAAUGCAGCAUAUGCCGAUGGUGCAAUGGACCCUAGUACUAUUAACGCUUUAGGGUCUCUGGGUUCCGGUCUGUCAGUGUCCGUUGCUGCAGCUUAUUCGGACAGUGGUGACAGUAAUGGAGAGCGAUCUGUAGAUAAUGCUACACCACCUAUGCAUUAUUUGACACCUCAUGUAGAAAUAUCAAUGCCUGAUAAUAACGAAACAUAUUCACCAGGCCAGUCCAACCAUUUAGGUAAUUCAGAUUCACGAAUGAAUGGGGAAGGCCCAAGUUCACCGCAGUCCGGCGACAGCGCCGUGGCCAGCAGCUCCUUAUCAGCAGGUCUUCCCACCAACAUUACACCAUCAAUUACUCUCAUACCCAUAAAACAGGAACCUAACACCCAGGAAGAAGGAGGUAGUGGAGAACGUGACGGUGAAGCGAACAGUAUGGACAAGCGCGGUGUGUCCUCCAGUCUGUCAUCUCUGAUCAAAGUCUCCCCGCUCAAGAGCUUGCUGCGGGAGGAUUUACGUAGACGCAUAUCGGCGCGAGGCAGAUCUCGAGGGAAUAAUGCAUCCCGAGCUUCACCAUCAGAGGGCGGUAUGAUAACAUCGACUCACGGCGACGCAGCCAUGAUGCCUUCCUCGCUCGUAUGUUCAUUCUGCUCCAUUACGUUCCCUGAUUCCACAUUAUACUUCCUACACAAGGGAUGCCAUUGUGACUCCAAUCCAUGGAAAUGUAACAUCUGCGGGGAACAGUGUUGCAAUGUGUACGAAUUCAACUCCCACUUGCUAAGCAAAAGUCAUCAAUGACUGUUUGCAGGGGGGCCGUUCGACUACAAUUGAUUGCAAUGCACUUUUCGCAUAAUUUUUGUGCAUAUUACGUAAACACUUCGAAGCCAAUUCACCUUCCAUCUUUUGAUGUCGAUUUUAACGCAUUUAAUGCACUUCAGGAUUAUUCCAAUCGUUUUAUUGUUUCUUUUUUAAAAUGUGUAUUUUAUCAGCACGCCAAGGUGAAAGUCUUCGAAUUUGUCUUACGCUGAACGUCCCCCCGAAGCUGUUAUAAAAAAAAAAGUGCAAAUUACUUUGAAAGUUAUUUAGUUGUUAUCAUAGUUAAUGAUUGGUUAUUUGUAUGGAUAUUUUAAUAUUUAAAGGGUAUGAAAUAGUUGGAGUUUUAGGUACAAUGUGGAUUCAUUUAGCUAAAAGUAAAAAAAAAAUUGACGAGAUUUUACAUUCCAUUGUAACGAGAUGCAUUCCAUGUUAUUUGAGAUUUUUCGACCAAUACCAGAGUCUUUGGUGGGGAAAUGAAGUGAUACUUUGAAUUUUUUUUGUCUUUAUAAUAUUUUAUUUUAUUUAUUGUUUUUAUUUUAUUUUAAAGUACUUAACAGUACGUGAACAUUCGAAAAUAAAUUUAUUACGAGGUAUUUUGGUGCGAUAGUCAAUUUUACAAGUGUUUUUAAAACUUAAAUUGAAGAGUGUACAAAUUAAUAUAUUUAUACAUUUCAAUGUUGACAAGAUUAUUAGAAAAGGCUAAGCCUACAUUCCCAAUAUUGUUUUGAUUAUUGUGAUUAUUAUGACAGACAGGAAUUAAAUUCUACAUUCCAUUUUAUGUUGUCUUAGUGCAUGUGAUGCAAGUCCACGACUAAUACUUAAUGUACAAUUUAAAAAAUAUUAUGUUGUUAAUUAUUUAUUAUUCUAAAUUACAAACAUUUAGAACUAAACAUGUACUUAAAAAUAUCAGCCUUAUUAAUAAGUUAAAAUGAGAGGAAACUAGUAGGGAAAUGGCAUUUGCUCAAUGAUUUGAUCAAGGCUCAACAUAUACGAAGAAUUUUAUGUUAUCUGUUCGCACAAAAGUAUAGUUUUCUUUUACAUUCCUCAAGAUUUAUGAUUAUCACGAGUUAACGCGUGCUUGUAUCCGGUGCCUGUAUAAUAUAUUUUUUUUUAAUUAUUAUUACUAAAUUAUUAAUUGGCAACGACUUAAAUUGCUAUUAGAAGAAAAAAAGUUGUUUAAAAAAUUGACAAUUUUUUAAAUUACUAUUUGUUGUUUGGUGCUCAAUCAGUAGAAAACUGGUUGAUAAUAAAAUUGCGGUACUAUUUUCUUGUAGUUAUAAAAUAUGUUUUAGCACUGAUGCAAUUUGAAUUGGAUAUUCAUAAUAUGAUUGGUCCGAUCCGAUCCAUUCCAAUUGGAGUUAUCCCUAACCUGAGAUUCACAUUCCUGUAGCUAAUAAGUACUUAAUAUCGGUUGUGGUCUUGCCUGUUAAGUUUACAAAAUUGACUUAGUGUGGAACUGAAAUUAUGUUUACCAACGAAGUUAUAUAUUUUGUUUUGUUAUAACGUUGCUAGUAGAUUUUAACCGGUGUACGGUAGUCCGUCCCUGACAUGUGGACCUAGUGAGUUACCUGAGACGAGCGAAAUAUUUAUUUAUAGAGAUUCUUAUAUUAUGCUGUUUCAUUGUUGGUUAUUAUAUGUAGACUUGAUUAUUUAAUAUGGUCCCUACCGCUACACCGCGACAUAGUAUAGAUUUAUUUAAGAGCUAUUAAUAUUAAUUGGUAACCCCAUUGGGCGCCUUUACUUAAUCCGUCCAUAUCUAACGAUAGAUAUUGCCUUUAAUAUUUAAUAGAGUUAAUAUAUUUAUAGAUUAUAGAAUAAAAUUAAGAAGAGAUCUUAAUUAUAAAAUGUUUUUUUCUGAAUUGAAGAGUUUUAUGGAAUCAUAGAAGUGUCUACAUAAAUGGCUGUACUGCGACUCUAAUAAAUCGAAUAUUGAGUGUUAAUGUUUUAAUUACUACUUAAUUAAUGCAAAACUUAUAAUUUAAAACUCAUGUUCGAUUUAUUUUAGUCAGCAGUAGGCCAUUGUUUUUCAUUGUUUGUGGUAAAUAUUUUUAUUUUUGUGUGGUAGCAACAUAUAAUGGAGAUAUCGACACAAAGAUACCAUAAAUUUAUAUAAUUACAAAGUAAAAUAGUAAUUGAUAUACACCAGUAUUUUUUAAAUCCCUUUUUAAACAUAGUUUGGCAUACAUUCCACGGGUGUGUUUUAUUAUAAUUGUUAAAAAUUUAUCAGGUAAAAGUAAUAUUUGUUGGCAUGGAUAAAGUUUUUGAUAUGCAAAUAUAAGUAAAGAAAUAAUUAGUUUUUAAUAACGUAUUUUAAUUACAAAAUUAUAAACGAAAACAUUUUAAGACGGUAACUUUUUCCAUGUUAAUGAAUAUUUUCAGAAAUAUAUUAGUUGGUUGAACAAGUGUUAAGUCUUUACAACUUGAAGACCUUGGAGAUAAAUGUUUAUCUUAUUGUAGACUUUGAUUGCAUUGAGUCUUGUAUUGACAUAUAAACACAUGUUAGGGAUGGGCUUUGAUUAAACAACUAGUUGUAUCAACCGUUGAUAAUGAUAAACUUUCAACUGUUAAUCGUUUAUUAUUCAACUAGUUGAAUUCAAUGUAAAUUUACAAAGGAGUCAAUUACUAAUCGUCAUUUCGCUGUCGGAAUUCAACUUUUUAGUAAACUAGUUGAAAAAAAGUAUUUUAAUGCUUUGAUUAAUUGAUACCUAAACCGUCAAAGACCCAUCUCUACCUCACAUUUAGUUUGUAACAAGAGAUACAAUAAUGUUUAUAUACAUGUCAUUGCAGUCAAAGGCUAUAUAUAUUGAACAGGUUUCAAUGGAUAUACUCUUACUUGUUAUAAACAGAAAUGCUUUAGUAUAGCAGUCCUCACCUUAAUACCAAAUCACAGCUUACCAACAUUAUAAUUUUGUUUUAAGUUGUUAUGUGUGUACUUUGUAAGAUAGAUAAAUCAUUAUAAAAGCAAUUAUUUGUAAAGGUAGAGAGAUUGAUAACUUCGUUGAUAUUUUUUUCUGUUACAUUUAUUGUGUUAUGGUUAAGAAAUAACAUAUUUACUAAUAAAGAUGAUUAAUUUUCGUAAGCAAUCGGUACGGAAUAAUGAGUGAUAGAUACGAUAUCAUGUUAGCAGAUUGUGCCUUAGAACAGUAAUAAUUGAAAGAGUAUAAUUAUAUAAGAUUUUUUCGAAAUUUGUUUAAACAGAUUAUAAUAUUUAGAUGUGUGAAAAUGUGUUUCACAUUCAGAGUUAUAUAUUUACAAAGAGAGAAUAUAUCAAAAUAAAAGAAAUGUUAUUUAUUAAUAUAUAUAUAUAUAUAUAUAUAUAUAUGUAUGUAUAGUGAAAUGUUUGCGAUAUAGCUGUUUUGCUUGUUUUUAUGAUAAAAGUUUAUUUGCGGUUGAAAAGAAUUGUCGUCCUAUCAUCUCUGAUGACGUAUGCUAAAGGAAUGGUACUUACUACCAAGUAUGUAGUUAUAUUUAUUUACUUAUAAAUAAUUUGGUAAAGGGUCUACUGAAAUAUUAAUAAACUAUGCGGUAAA